UGGCAGACUGGGAAGACUCAGAUCAUUGGCCCCGAGGAGGAAGAGGAUGACAGCUAUGCACUCAAUGAGAUGGACGKUCCAUUUCAGGACAUAGAGCUUCUCAAGUCGCGACCGGCCCAUAUGAUGGUGUUCAUGAGAUAUGUCUUCAGCCAGCUACUGGAUCCCAACUCACUGCUGUUCUACCUGUCGGUGGAGGCCUACCUGGGCUCCAGCCCUAAAGACGCCCGUGCCCUCGCGCCUCAGAUCUGCUCCCACUUCCUGGACCCUGACGCUCUGUUAAAAAUCAGAGUACGAGAAGAGUACCUGACUGAUAUAGAGAGUCGUCUCCAUGCCCAGGAGGACAUCAGGGGACCUCUGUCUGAGCUCCAACAGCAGGUGCUGCCUGACAUUCAGGACCAAAUACAGGACUACAGGAACAAGCAGAUGAUGGGUCUGGGCKCUCUGUUUGGAGAGGGAGACCUGCAGCAGCUGGAUGGAGACCCAGCCAAGGAGAAACAGGUGGUGGACAGACAGGUCACUGCUCUCUGGGAGAUACUCUCGAAGCACGAAGACGACAGAAGUUCUCCUCUAGCCUCUGUGGUGCUGCUGUACCUCCGUCACUCGGGCAUUAAGCUGAGGGACUCCAGGGUGUUUCCAGGACUCAGCACUGAGAAGGAGAAGUGGCUCGCCUUUUUCCCCAAGACCAAGAAGCUGAACAGUGCAAAGAAAGAUAAGGAUGGAGAGGACAGGAAGAGAAACCCCAUCCUGAAGUAUAUCGGCAAGCCCAGGAGCACCUCCCAGUCCACGUUCCAUGUCCCCUUGUCGCCCACUGAAGUGCGUCCUGGCAGUGUGAGGAACAUCAUCCAGCAGUUUGAGAACCACCCAGAGAUCCCCGGGGAGGAGGGGGACGAGGGAGACCUCCAUAGACUGUCCUCCAGCAGCCUGGGAGAGGACAGUAUGGACAGCCCUAUGGUGUCGGUGCGUCUGGCUCGUAGCGAGUCUCUGAAGGCGCAAGGGGAGGGGCGUCGGCGGGGCGGGGCUUCAGGAGUGGAGACAGUCCCUCGUUCCCGUAGCGACGUGGACAUGGAGGACUGUGGGGAGGAGAUAGAGGGGCCGGGCCUGACACCCCUACACCACAGCGCCUCCUCCUCAGCCACCAGUAGCUCAGCACGAUCCUUGGAGAACCCCACGCCUCCAUGCACCCCUCGGUCGUCUAGACGACAGUUUGAGGAGUCCCCGGUGGCCCUGCUCCCUGAUGCCCCAGCCCUAGAGGAUGACGUGGUGGACAGUCAUAACUGGCAGGAGACAGUGGCCCCUCAGGUCCUGGCUACUCUCUGUCCCCGAGAGGUGGACCGACAGGCCAUCAUCUACGAGUUGUUGACGACAGAGGCGUCUCACCUGCGUACUCUCAGGGUCUUGGAUCAGGUGUUUUUCCAGAAGAUGAGGUGUGUUCUGAGCUCUGACGAGCUGGCCUGCAUCUUCCCCAACCUGCCUCAGGUCUACCAACUACAUGUGAGCCUGUGUGAAGCCAUGAAGAAGAAAAGGGAAUCUCCCAUCGUUCAGGGCAUCGGUGACAUCAUGCUGGCCAGGUUUGAGGGCGUGGCGGGGGAGGAGUUUCAGGAGCAGGCGUCCCACCUGUGCAGCCAGCAGUCUCAGGCUCUGGAACUCAUUAAGAACAAGCAGCGCAAAGACCCUCGCUUCACACACAUCAUCCAGGAGUGUGAGGCCAGUCCUCACUGUAGGAGGCUGCAGCUGAAGGACCUGCUGGUGUCUGAGACACAGAGACUCACCAAGUACCCUCUGUUACUGGACAACAUCAUCAAACACACAGAGGGUACAUAGGAUCCAGACCUCCCGCCUCUCCAACGUGCACAGGCCUGCUGCCGCGGGAUUCUGCAGGCCGUCAAUGUCGUCAGGGAGACUGAACACCGCAGGCUCAACCAAUACCAGCGCAGGCUUGACCCCACGCCACAGUUCAAGAGUCUGGACCUGACCAGUAAGACAAUGAUCCAUGAGGGUCCUCUCACCUGGAAAGUCAAUAAAGACAAAACUUUAGAGAUCCAGGCCCUGCUGCUAUCAGACCUGCUGGUUCUGCUCCAGAGAGGUCCAGAUGACCGGCUGCUGCUGCGCUGCCCGUCCCGCUGGCUGGGGGGAGGAGGUAGCGGGGACACCAAGGCCUCCUUCAGCCCCGUGGUCCAGCUAGACUCCCUCCUGGUGCGCUCUGUGGCCACAGACAACAAGGCCCUGUACAUCAUCAGCACCACAGAGAGAAAGAUCUAUGAACUGGUAGCGGGGACGUCCUCAGAGAAAAACACCUGGAAGGACCAACUUGAAAAGACCAUCUCAUUGGUUGCUGGCUCCUCACCUUCGACCAAUAACAGAUCCACACCUGUUUUCUCCCCAAAUCUUGGCAACGCUUCCCCUGUCUCAACUGGCAGCCAUGUCUAUCAAUCAGACGACUCGAUGACGGAGCAGGUGGUUCUCAUGGAGACGGACUCCCCUAACGAUGAAGACAACGAGCUCGCACGCACCACACCAACGGAUCAAUCAGGAGCUUUCCUCUGCGGGGAGGGGCGGGACUACGUCAAGCGACGAAUUGGAGUAGCAGAGGCAGCUCUGGAAGAUGUGGAGACGCUAAGGCAGCUGAUUUUCCGCGACCUGGAAGAAGAUGGGUGGAGUCACGGCUCAGAUGGCACGCCCACAAACGAGGCAGCCAAUGAGAGGAGCCCGUUUAAUGACCAACAGAGGCCGACGUCCUCUGAGACUCUCCUUAGCGUCAGUUCCAGCCAAUGGGAGGCUGAGCACGCAGAAGCCCCGCCCUCGGAGGUGGAGUCCCCCAGUGUGCAUGUUGUGAGGAAAGCUGUGGUUGCGGGCUCCCCUUCUAUCCCUGUUGACAUCACUGAAGAUGUCACCCUCCACUCUGACCAAUCACCUGAGCCGAGAGGCGAGGCCAGUGUACGGGGAAACGUGUUCUACCUGGUGAUGCCUACAGAGCAGGGAGAGGGACUGCUGGACGAGAGUCACACAGAUGAGGUCAACGACCCCCCGACCACCACUGAACUUCCUGAUCUGGAACAGGAAGUGAUUUCAUCGCCCGUACAGACUCAUGAGAAAGAAGGGCAGGUCGCUUCCAUCAUGUCUGCGGGCAAUCAAUCGGAGAGGGGAAAUCUGAGUCUGCAGGAAGGGCAGAGUCAAUCACGAAAGAGCCUCCAGAGCCAUAUAAUCAAAAACGUGGAUUACAUUUUCCACACCAUCGAGGAGUUGAUGAGAAAGCUACACCAGCUGAGGGACAUAGAGACAGCUCAUCACCAGCUCCUGAAAACACUGAGAGAGCCGCCUGUCAAUCCAGAGUCUGGUGACCUCUUUUGUAUCCAGGCAACCGUCGUCAGGACACCGUUUCUGGACCGGGACCCGGGGGACGGAAAGGAGGCGAGCCCAGCAGAGCCAGCCAAGCUGAAGAUCCUCUCCACUGGAUUCUAACGUUGUCAUUUCAGCGAGGACUUAAAAGACUUACCCCCACCC